AUGGUUGUGAAGUGCAGUAGACAAUCUAGGACAAUUGACGAAGUCUCGAUAGUGUUUAUGAUUUUGAACAUUUUAUGAGAUUUUAGGGGGAGAAUAGCAGUAUUUGAUUGAACUUACAAAGUAGCUUUUGAAAUUAAAAUAGUCAUUGAUGAUUUUGUUGCAUGAUUUUCCAAAUCAAGUAUCCUUUAUUAUGAUGAACAAUGGAUUCCACUGUACAUACUUGUUCAAUGUCCUGCACAAUAUGUUCACAUACUGACAUAGGCAUGAUUACCGGACCUAACUUUCCAAAAUCUCAAUAGUUUUAAUACAACCAAAAUUAAUGGAGAAUUAAACAGUCAGCACAUGUGUGACUAUUACUACAAUGAAAUUCUGGGCCAUUGGACUUAAACAGUUGGCCUUACAAGAGGAAGGUUCCUGGACUUCUCAAAAGGGCUUUGUAGUUUUUGAAAGGGCUUGGUAGUGCUGCUUUGUAUUUCUCAAGAGGGCGUUGUAGUUUUUAAAAGAGCUUUGUAAUUUGUUUUUUAAUAGUAUGAUCAUAAAUCUACUUAAUAUAUAAGUAUCAAUGCUGCAUUGAUGUCAAAGAAUUACUGUCAUAAUUUUUUAUCUUUUUACAUUCACAUUUUGAAUUGUUAAUUUAUACAAAUAAACACAAAAACUAUUGUACAUUUAUAUACAUAUGCUUGUAUUUGUUAAUAUUUACACUUAUACAGAUACAUGUACACUACAUUUAAAUGUAAAACAUUUAUCAAUCUAUGAAAGCUCAACAUGCCACCUGGAUAUGAUGCAGUAGAACACAACUAUGGCAAGAAUGGAAUAUACUUAUCAUGAAUUUAGAAAAACGUAGAAUUUUGUCGCAAUAUUGAAAUACAAAACACCAAACUAACCAAAUUGAAAUGAUUUACUUCAAUGAUCUCUAUGGAGGUUGCUCCAAAACAAACUAAUAUGUAAGCCCAAAUAUUUUGUUCUUAUUCAGAUAUUAAUCAAAAUUCCAAUUUAUCCCAGUAUUUCCUUAUAAUCAUUCUUAUCAUUCCAUGUACAUACUGAACACCAAGGUAACAGAAACGAUUACAUCCAGAUUUUAACGACAACCUUAGCAUUUGAUUUGAUUGGAAAACUAUAUUCUGGGUAGCUAUAUCAGUACAAAAACUGGUCUUCCCAGAGACCCAGUGCUUUAAAUGUAAAAAGCUCUAACACUUAAUAUAUUUUCGCAUGUAAUAAAUGCCUACAGGUAUGAUUUCUACAGUACAUGUAAUUUAAAUACAUAAUGAAAGUGUGUCAUUACUAUAAAAUCCAGUGAUUAAAAUUCAUACCAUGUAAAAGAAUUUUGAUAAUUACAAUCUUAAAUUCAAUUUUCAUUAAUAUUGAAAUUAGUUUUUCUACAAAAAUAUAAUAUUCUAUUUUGAUUGUAAUGUCUACACACAAUCAUGGUGUUCAUAAGAUGAACAAUUUUCAUGAAAACUAAUUUUUAAAAAAUAUCAUAGGAAAAAUAUAAUUUCAAUUCAAAUUAAUAUUCCAACAUUUUAAUACCCAACUAAAAUAAAACAUAUCUGUCCUUCACUGGCUAGGCCUAUUCACCUUCUUCAAUAACUUUAAACUCAGUUUCAAAGGUAAAUUGUGUUAUCUGACUACUUCAGGACUUACAAAUACAGUAAUUAGUUAAUCGAUUCCUUAUCAUCCCAGCAUAUCUAUGGUUAAUCUCUUUUUCUUGCCAAUUUGGAUGAUUUUUAUUAUUUCAUUCUAGCCAUUUAGAAUGACAUAAUAAAAAAUAAAAAACUGAACACAAGGUUAUUUUCCCUAAAAAAAUGUCUGGACUGUACUACCAUGGCUGUAAUGGGUUCAUGGGAAGUGUUGUAGACAUACAGUGUCUGGUCUACUACAAUGGCUGUAGUGGAUUCAUGGGAACCAUACCCAAGUGUUGUAGACAUACAGUGUCUCGACUGUACUAUAAUGGCUGUAAUGGGUUCAUGGGAACCAUACCCAAGUGUUGUAGACAUACAGUGUCUCAGCUGUACUACCAUGGCUGUAAUGGGUUCAUGGGAAGUGUUGUAGACAUACAGUGUCUGGUCUACUACAAUGGCUGUAAUGGGUUCAUGGGAAGUGUUGUAGACAUACAGUGUCUGGUCUACUACAAUGGCUGUAGUGGAUUCAUGGGAACCAUACCCAAGUGUUGUAGACAUACAGUGUCUCGACUGUUCUAUAAUGGCUGUAAUGGGUUCAUGGGAACCAUACCCAAGUGUUGUAGACAAACAGUGUCUCAACUGUACUACCAUGGCUGUAAUGGGUUCAUGGGAAGUGUUGUAGACAUACAGUGUCUAGUCUACUACAAUGGCUGUAAUGGGUUCAUGGGAAGAGUUGUAGACAUACAGUGCCUGGUCUACUACAAUGGCUGUAGUGGAUUCAUGGGAACCAUACCCAAGUGUUGUAGACAUACAGUGUCUCGACUGUACUAUAAUGGCUGUAAUGGGUUCAUGGGAACCAUACCCAAGUGUUGUAGAAAUACAGUGUAUCGACUGUACUAUAAUGGCUGUAAUGGGUUCAUGGGAAGUGUUGUAGACAUACAGUGUCUAGUCUACUACAAUGGCUGUAAUGGGUUCAUGGGAACCAUACCCAAGUGUUGUAGACAUACAGUGUCUCGACCGUACUACAAUGGCUGUAAUGGGUUCAUGGGAACCAUACCCAAGUGUUGCAGACAUACAGUGGCAGCUUGGGCUUUUGCGUGUUUUUUAUUAUUGCUAGCUACAGAUGGCUGGUACUCUGUGCCAUUUACAGUCACCUGAAACAGAAAUGAUAACUCAUUUAAAAUGUAAUUUACAGUCAUGCAUCAUUACAGGGAUAAUCUCAACACAUCACAAUCUACAGUAUUUUGUUGUUUAUUUAGUGCUAGGCCAACCGCUCUUCUUAAUAAAACAGAAUUUUAAUCAUAAAUUGAUUGGAACAUGCUGAUCGAAAAAUAGAAGUGUUUCCCUUGUAUUUUGUGAUUCAAGUAAAAAAGCAUGCUUUAACAUGGAGAGUAGUUAAGAUGUUCAAUGUGUAGAAGCAGCUAGCAAAUCAUUUACAGCAUACUGCCAUACAACGUCAAAGCCAUAAAUACAACAUUUAGGCUGACCUAGUGAUUGAUUAAAUAUAACAUAAAGGACCCAAUAAUCAAAUGAACAUACAGAGGGUGGCCUAU